AUGAAUCCAUUAAAUAAAAUAAUAUUCUUAUCAGCAUUUCUAGCUUCAGGAUUUCUUUUAAUUCUAUUAUCAUGUGCAUUAUUCAAUAAUUACAGACCAAUGUGGGUCAUAUUAAUCUUUUUAAUAGCUCCAUUACCUAAUAUAAUAGCCAAUUCGAUUGAAAAUUCAAGAGAUUAUAAUUUUUUAACAUUUAAUGAUUAUGGUAAUUCAAAUGAAGGAAAUAGUUCCCCCUUGCAAGAAUUUUCUAAAUUUUUGACGGGUUUUUUAAUUAUUAGUGGGAUUGCUUUACCUUUAAGUUUUUAUCAUUGUGGAUUAAUUGAAAUUGGAUCUUUAAUUAUGAGUGUUUCUGGUGGAUUAAUUGUUUAUGGAGAUAUUAUAAUUUUUAUUUGGUUUUUCAGUAAUGAAGAAGAAGAAAAUGAUGAAUUUAAUUUUUAA